AUGAUUCAAAACUAUGCCGGUGGCUCUAUUCACGUUAUUGCUGCACAAGCGUUUCCAAAUGGGCAACCGUCUGCAUCACCAUCUUUUCAAUCUUACUUGGCACCAUAUCGAACAGACAUAACAAAUAGCAGAGAUCGCUCAGUGGAAAUUUUACCAAGCACGUUAGCAAAUAACAAUUACCAACGGAUUACGUUAUCAAAUUUACGCAGUAACAAUUAUGAUCAAAAUUACCAAUAUUAUCAUUUACAUCAUCACAAUAUUCCACAACUUCCGGAUGCGAAGCCUGUAAAUCACAAGGCCCAAUUGACGUUAAACUAUAAUACUAACGGUUUUGUUCCAUCGUUACAUUUUCCCAUACUGGGAAAGCAACCCAGAGCUCCGGAUUUGGAUACAUUCACUCAAACAAGAGGUAGUAUAGCGUUAUUCAGAAAACCAACGACAACAGAAUUUAUACCAAUCAGCAAACGACCAGAUAGUAUAUACAAGCAGUAUUUAACAGUAAAUACUGAUAGACCAAAAAAUAUAAGCGCGUUAUAUACGCCCAAUAACAACAGUUUUAAUAUACUCUCGUUCAUUGACUACCUCAAACAACCUCUGUCGGGGCAUCUGAUAUCAAUACCGCAAUACAGUGGAACAAAUUUGACAAAGAACACCAAUCCAAAAAUUGAAAUAUACGCCGAUUCACCUGUAACGAAAAUAACCUCUGGCACGUCCCAUUUAAAACAGGUAUUGGCACUGACUAACAACCCAACAAAAUUUAACACUAACGAAGACUUUAGGGAGACCAUUCGUCCAAGCACAUCUUCAAAAAUGUUAGCGCAAAAUUAUUCUUAUUACGACGAGUAUUAUGACUAUCCUAAUGAAACCGAAUACUACGAUGACGAUUUAAAUUUGUUGACAUUGAAUAGAUCAUAUCCUUUAAAAAAUUCGAGCGUAACGACCACUACACCGUUACCAAAAAUAACAAAGGUAAAACCACCUCUUGCUAAGUUACAUAAUACGCAACGCAACACUGGAUCGUCAACCACCAUUACGUCACCUUUUGCCAGAAUAUCGACGACAGUUCGACAAACUACUGAAUCCGGACAUAGACUUAGUACGACACACAGAAUUGAAAACAAAGGCAAUCGCGCUAUUGAACAAACCCUAUCAACUGUCCCUCCAAAAACGAUAUACAAUAACAGCAACAACUAUGACUCUUCUCGUUAUGAUUCAUAUUACGCUCUAUAUGAUGAUGAUGUGGAUAUAUACAAAGACGUCGAAUAUGCGCAACACUACAAUAAUGAACCGACGCCAAAGCAAGUUUAUCGAGGUACUCCGGCAACAGUAACCCACGAAGUGAUUCAACAAGAGAAAUCGCCAAAAAUCAGUAAUUCGGGUUACAUACAAAACACAUACAGCGCGUCCGAUGAUAUUUACCAACCGGCCGAUGUACAGAGUUACAGCGACGACGUUUCUUACGGAACUCAAGAUGACGAACGUACAGUAUAUCACCAAACAAGCAAACAAACAAACCGAUACCCUAACACUGCCAACCAGAAUGAAGUACGAGUACAACCUACACUUUAUACAUUACCGGGAAGCCCAGGUUCCAAACAUACUCCUAGUAUCCAAAAACCUACCUUCCCUUUACUUCGGACUACUCCCGACGCAUCCGUACAAAGACCAAUUAUCAAACAACCAUCUCCAUUUAGUUUUGCAAAUCAUGUAACUACACCAAAAACACUAUUUUUCCAUUAUAUAACUAAAACGUCCAUGUCAACUUCAAUAGUCUCAACGACUCCUACCUCAAGUACGCCUGAAAAUUACAACAAAAGUCAAUUGAACACCACGAGCAGCAAAAUAAUUAUACCAACCACGUAUUCUCCUCCCUUCUUCUUUUUAAAGUCACGUUUAAACAGUCACUCAGCACAUCUAGAAGUUAAUGCCACUUCCAUUAAUAACGAAUUAUGGAGUUCGACGAAUGUCGCCACUGAAGAGAACGACGAAGAAACCGCCACCGUUCCCGUAGCCCCAGCUUUUCAACCACAAAACAAUCUAAAUGACAAAAUUAUAUCGUCUAGUACAGAGUCAUUUAAGCGCACAGUCUAUGUUCCAACAACAACCACCACUACCGAAUUUGAACCUCAAGAAGUUUCAACUUCUGAAUCUGUUGCAUUGGAUAACGAUAUCACCAACACUUCGUGGUUAUUACUUCUUGAACGGUUGAAUUCUAUAACGACUGAAAAUAAAACCGAAUCAACUCCUAUAUCAGAAAGCGAAAAUAAUCAAACAUCCAGUUACAGUUUUAAAUCAAAUUUGGAAAAACAACUACCCUUUACUUCUAUUCCACCCGUUGAGGUGACAAAAAAGUUAAGUAGCUCCCGAAAUACCUCACUUCCUGCUCGAGUUUCCCGGGUUAAUACCGCUAUUAAGUCGGUUAUUGCAUUUGGGGGAACGCCACGGCAAUAUAAAUGUAGCGAUAGUCCAAAUGUCACAUGUGGCAAAAUAAAUCAGAGAGUAACAAAUAAUCGGGGAAGAGGUUCGGCCCACUAUACCACUUCUGGUCGGAACGACAAUUCCGUAAACCGAGGCACACCGCCAUCACGUUCUCGGCCAACGCUAAAACCUUCUACUUCAGUAGUUGCGAAAGCGGCGGAAUUCAUCGACAUCUACAAAUAUCCUCCACGUAGACCAGAACCAAUCUAUCCCCAACCUCUACCGGAUAAAACUGCCGCGAAAUGUCGAAAGGACGUAUGCCUUUUACCCGACUGUUCCUGCGGUGGAAAAGAGAUUCCCGGUGAUCUACCUGUCGAGCAAGUGCCUCAAAUGGUUCUCUUAACAUAUGAUGACUCUGUAAACGACUUGAAUAAGGGCCUAUACAGCGACCUUUUCGAGAAGGGCAGAGUCAAUCCCAACGGUUGUCCCAUUGCCGCUACAUUCUACGUAUCCCACGAGUGGACCGAUUACAGUCAAGUCCAAAACUUAUACUCUGAUGGUCACGAAAUCGCAUCUCAUACUGUAUCACAUAGCUUCGGGGAGCAAUUUUCUCAGAAAAAGUGGACAAAGGAAGUGGCGGGACAACGAGAAAUACUUUCCGCGUAUGGGGGUGUUCAUUUAGAAGAUGUUAGAGGAAUGAGGGCUCCGUUUUUAUCUGUGGGAGGAAAUAAGAUGUUCAAAAUGCUGUACGAUUCUAACUUCACGUUUGAUUCUUCUAUGCCAAUAUAUGAAAACAAGCCUCCAAGUUGGCCUUACACUUUAGAUUAUAAAUUAUUCCACGAUUGUAUGAUACCGCCGUGCCCGACUCGUUCAUAUCCUGGCGUUUGGGAAGUACCUAUGGUGAUGUGGCAAGAUUUGAAUGGCGGUCGGUGUUCAAUGGGAGACGCUUGCAGCAAUCCUUCAGAUGCCGAGGGGGUAUAUAAAAUGAUAAUGAAAAAUUUUGAGCGCCAUUACACGUCAAAUAGAGCUCCAUUUGGUCUCUUCUACCAUGCAGCGUGGUUCACACAACCCCAUCAUAAAGAAGGGUUUAUUCAGUUUUUGGACGCUAUAAAUUCUAUGAAAGAUGUGUGGCUGGUAACGAAUUGGCAAGCAAUUCAGUGGGUUAGAGAUCCUACUCCCACUUCUAGACUAAAUUCCUUUCAACCAUUCGGGUGUAAUUAUCCUGACCGACCAAAACGAUGUAACAAUCCUAAAGUGUGCAAUUUGUGGCAUAAGACGGGAGUGCGAUAUAUGCGUACCUGCCAACCCUGUCCUGACAUAUACCCCUGGACCGGAAAUACGGGUAUUCACAGUAGCCGCAUCGAUAACGACUUAGAAGAAUGAUUAUUCCUGCCUUAUGUUAGAUUCUGUCUGUGUAACAUAUUUUCCUAACUUGUAUUAUACUUUUCCAAACUGUCUUACUUCAAGAAAUCUCUGUUAUAAAAGCGGUAAUAUUUGCCGCAAAAUGUGACGGCGCAGUUACUCAUUUAUAAGGAAUACUCGUAAUAAAACAAGAACAGUAGGUAACAGCGAAGUUUA